AAUUUAUUUCCUUCUUUUAAAUUAACAGAAUGUCCCGUUUGUGGCAAACGCUUCACAGCUAGCUCCAAUCUUUAUUAUCACAGAAUGACUCACAUAAAGGAAAAACCACACAAAUGCAGUCUCUGUUCGAAGUCAUUUCCAACGCCCGGUGAUCUCCGUUCUCAUAUGUACGUUCACAGUGGAUCGUGGCCUUUCAAAUGUCAAAUCUGUUCGAGAGGAUUCAGUAAGCAGACAAAUCUUAAAAAUCAUCUCUUCUUGCACACCGGUAAGUAA